CAACAAGAAAAGACUGAGACAGAGGUCGUUUAUUGCCAUUGAGAAGAAAACGAUAUUCUCAUCGAAGAUGAGAAAUCAGGUGACGCUAGCAUGAUCAACAUCGGUAGAAUUAGUAUCCUGAUACUCUUCCUAAUCCUCGUCAAUGUCGAGGCAAUCACAGUCGUGAACCAUCAUUUCGACGAUGAAUAUAUCCUUGAACACCAAGUCCUUCGUAAGGAUGCGCUCGCUGAAGCGAAGAAACUGGAGAUAUAUCCUGGACCCAUUCCGGGGUGCAAGCCUUGCACCUACUUCGAGAUGACUUACUGCAAGAAUGGCAGCAUUAUCAACGAUCAUUGUUGUUGCGAUGGCAACGUCAACGAAGUGUUUCUCUUCGUCGAGCACACUUGUCGAAUGGGACCAGAGGAAUGCGAAGUGCACGCUGAAGACUGUGCGGAAUAUACAAGACUGCGGGAAUGCUGUUGUCAUUCUUACUUGGUCUCCACUUGGAAACACCUGGCAAGUGGCGCCGAAUCGCUGGUCAGUAGGAAUAUCAUCUUUGUGAUGAUUCUUGUGAUGAUUCUCAGGUUACAUCUGUUGUUGGCCUAAACGCACAGCACCAAAAAUGUUGUAUAUUAUUAAUUUUAAUAAAUUGUUUUUAUUAUUAAGAUCU